ACACAUUUGUGCAGCAGGAAGCGUAAACUUGUGGUCAGAGCUGUUUGAGUGAAUAGGAAGGAAGAACAGAGCAGCUCUGAAUCAGGUGAUGAUCUGUAGCUUGUGUCUUAGUGUUUGCUGUCAUUCCUCUACAGCGACAGUGUCUGUGGAUGUGAAGAUGGAGCUGACUUUGCUCUGUGUACUGUCAUUAUUCUUGCUAAAUACGAACGUCUACGGAAAUGAUGCUGUUUCCUAUAGAGUCUCUGUGACCAAACAACCCAGCUGGACUCAGACGUUCAGUGGUGAGAGCAUCACUCUCACAUGUGAGAUCCAUGGAGGUGGAGACGCUCAGUGGGAGUAUGAAUGGAGAACAAGCAGCUCAAACCAACCUGAUGAUAAAACUGGUAAAGUGUUGAAGAUCAGCAGAGCUGAUGAGUCUCACAGUGGAGUGUACAGCUGCAUGGGCAGAAGAAACCAUGAGUCAACACAGUGGAGUGAUGUCAUCACACUGACAGUAACAUCAGAACCACCCAAAGCCAGACUGACAGCAGGUCCAUCAACCAUAUCAGUAGGAGGGCAGCGUGGACACUGA